CAGCUUUCCGAGCGCCAAGGAGCGGAGCGCGCUCUGCUGCGUCCCGAGCCUUCGGCUGGCCCGAAAAAGCGAGCGGGAGAACAAGCAAAGGGCGCGAUCGUGGGAGCAAGUUCACUUCUUUAACUGAGAUGGAUAUGAUAUAAUCUCCGUUGAGUCAAAGGAUGGCAUCAAGUCCUGUGCCUCCCACCGAGGAUGAACAGGUUUCCUUGGGCAUCGAUGAUCGCCAUAUUUCACUGCAAGCUCAACAGGAAGACACUCAGAAGAAAACCUUCACCUGCUGGAUCAACUCACAGCUGGCAAAGCACACUCCUCCCUCGGUUGUCUCAGACCUGUUUGCAGACAUUAAAAAGGGGCAUGUUCUCUUGGACCUGUUGGAGGUACUCUCAGGACAACAGUUGCCUCGAGACAAAGGAUCGAAUACCUUCCAGUGUAGAAUCAACAUAGAGCAUGCCCUGACAUUCCUAAAAAACCGAUCAAUCAAGCUAAUAAAUAUUCAUGUUACUGAUAUUAUAGAUGGAAACCCAUCCAUUAUUCUUGGCCUAAUUUGGACAAUUAUACUGCACUUUCAUAUUGAGGAGCUUGCCCGGUCUCUUUCUUGCAAUUACAGUCAGCCUUUCCUGGACAGUGUGAGUGUGGCUGACUCAUCUCCUACCUCAAGUCCUCCAGCUAAGAAAUGCUCCAGAGCCCAAGAAAGAUGGCAGAUGUCUGCAAAGAAGGCUCUUCUCUUGUGGGCUCAGGAGCAGUGUGCCCCGUGUGAGUCCGUCAAUGUGACGGAUUUUAAGUCAAGCUGGAGAAAUGGGAUGGCUUUUUUGGCUGUCAUUCAUGCCUUGCGACCAGACCUAAUUGACAUGAGGAGUGUGAAGCAAAGAUCCAACAAAGACAAUCUGAAAGAGGCCUUCAGAAUUGCAGAACGAGAAUUUAAAAUCCCCAAAUUGCUAGAACCAGAAGAUGUGGACGUUGUGAAUCCUGACGAAAAGUCAAUCAUGACCUAUGUGGCGCAAUUUCUGCAGUAUUCGAAGGAUGCAGCGGAGACUGGAGAUAAAGCUCAGGGAACGAUGAAAGAUGCUGUGGUCUGGUUAACUCUACAAGAGAAAAAACUACAGGAAGUCCUAAAGGAUUCAGAAAAUGAGACCUACUCUAAGAAGUAUGAAAGUCUGCUGUCCUUUUUGGAGUCAUUCAAUGAAGAAAAAAAGCCCUUUUUGGACAUCCUGCCAAUAAAAAGGAAUCUCGAUGAGCUGAAUGAAGAUCAGUUACAGUUGAGAGAAGCCUGGGAUGGCCUCACCUACCAGAUUAAUGUGUGGAAAACAGAGCUGAAUCAUGCCUUGCCCUCACCACUGCAUCAAAUCGAAGCCGGGCUCCAAGAGAUAGAGGAGCUUAUAGAUGAAGACUUGCCAACUUCCCAGGAUUAUGGUGAAGCCAUGGCUCUAACACAAGAAAAAAUGACUUUAAUCAAGAAUCUGAUGGAUAAAUUUGAUUGUCAUUUGAAUACUCUUCUGGCAUUCGAAAGUAGAGAUGAACAACAUCUACCACUGGUACCACCUAGGAAAUUGGAGGAAAUGAAAGGACGAAUCAACAACAUUUCGGGGAAAAAAUUCAUUCCACGUCUAGAAUUUCAUUACUAUAAGUGCUCAGUUCUUGGUUUGCUGGAUGAAGUGAAAUUAAAGUUGGAUGUUUGGAACAUCAAAUAUGGGAACAAAGAAUCUGUGGAAUUGUUGCUGGAAGACUGGCAUAAAUUUAUUGAAGAAAAAGAGUUCCUAGCUCAACUUGAAACUUCCUUUCAGAGAUGUGAAGAAAUCCAUAAGAAUUUAGCUGGAGAAUAUCAGGAUAUUAGUAAAGAAUAUACCACGGUGGAAUAUAAUAUUUGUACGUAUAGAAAAAAUAUAUAUAAUGUGAAAUCCACUCUACAGAAAGUUCUGACAUGUUGGGCUACUUAUGUGGAAAACCUUCGCUUACUCAAGGCUUGUUUUGAGGAGACAAAGAAGGAACAGAUUAAAGAGGUUCCCUUUGAGACACUAUCCCAGUGGAAUGUAGAACAUACAACUUUAAAUGAAGUGGGGAAUUUCUUAAUUCAAGUCAGUAAUGAUGAAGUUGGAUCAUCUAUUUCUAAAGAACUGAGAAGGCUGAAUAAAAGAUGGAGAAAACUUGUUACAAAAACUCAGCUUGAGAUGAAUCUGCCACUUAUAAAAAAACAGGAUCAACCCAAUUUUGACAAUUAUGAAAAUACUCAGCUAUCUAAAGAAGAAAAACCAACUGUUGAUUUUUUGACAGAUAUGUCAAUAGAACUUCCUGAAAAUCAUAAUCAGAAUAUAAAGGCCGGGGAAGAACAUGAAAAAGAAAAUGAAUUCAUAGGGCAACUUAAAGUGGCUGAAGAUGUUGAAAAACUCAUUGGACAAGUGGAAAUCUGGGAGGCAGAAACUGAAUCUCUUUUGGAGUUUCUGAGACAUCAGGAGGGUGUAGAUGCCUCAGUGGAAGAACACUUGCAGCAUCUUAUUGCCAAAGGCUCUAUGUAUGAAGAGCUUGUGUCCAGAACUGAAGAUACCUUACAAAUGGAUAUACAAAAUAUUUCAAGCCAGGAGUCCCUUCAACAUGUUCUCACAGUUGGGCUUCAGACAAAGAUUCAAGAAACCAAAGAGAAAGUUCAGAUCAAUAUGGUAAAAUUAGUUGCAGUGUUAAAAAACUCAGCUGAUGCUUCACCAGACCUGGAUGUCAGGCUGAAGGUGGAAGAAUCACAGAAGGAACUUGACUCGUACAUGACAAGGGCUGAGCAAUUACUUGGACAAAGAGAGAGCCGGAGUGAACUAAUUUCAAAAUACAAGGAGGCACUAAUAAUUCUUAAUUCUAAAAGUCUGGUCAAGUAUCUGAAAGCUGUUGAAGAACUGAAAAAUAAUGUAACCGAGGAUGUAAAGCUGUCUUUGGAAGAAAAGAGUAGCGAUGUCUGUGCCAAGUGGGAGUUUCUUUAUCAUGAGAUGUCUUUGUAUAUUCAACAACUGAAAAUAGACAUUGAAAAAGAGAAACUCAGUGACAAUAUUUCAAAACUCGAAAAACAAAUAAAUAAAGAAAAGAAACUAAUUCGCAGAGGGAGGACCAAGGGUCUCAUCAAGGAACAUGAGGCCUGCUUUUCUGAGGAAAGCAGUCUGUACCAGCUAGAUCACCACAUGGAUGUCUUGCGGGAGCUGUGUGAAGAGCUGACUUCCCAGAAGAGUCAACAAGAAGUGAGGAGAGUACUCAAAGAUUAUGAACAAAAGAUAGAAAGACUUCGGAAAUGUGCUUCCGAGAUUCGUAUGACACUGCAACCCACGAUGGGAGGAACGUCGAAAAGCAAGGAGACCAUGAACACAUCUGAGAAUGGAGGAAGGAAUGCCCACAGUGAGGUGCCAUCUGCAAAAUCACAUGAUCAGCCAUCAACUGAAAAGGCAAUGGGAUCGAUUAAGAAUUUUAGCCUGAAAUUCAAGUUAAAGCCUCAACAGGAAGAAAGCUCUAUGGAGAAGUAUGAAAAGGAUCACAGUGCAGCCCUCAGUAGUUUACAAGAGAGGUAUGAUAUGCACAGAGAAAAUCUUGAGCUGUACUUGGAAAACAACAAAUUCAGAAUUAUUUCUGAUUUCUCCAGUGACGAGGAAAGGAGUAGUGCUUGUCUGCAGGAUAAACUGACAGAUCUACAGGUCUUAAAAAAUGAAACUGAUGCUUGCUGGAAAGAGUUUGAAAUCACCUCACUGAAGUUAGAAGAACUUGACAGUGACGUAAACAAGCCUUUUAUAAGUAACACGAGAGACAGAUUAAAGGAAAAAGAAAGAGACUUUCAGAUGACUCUUAAUACCAGAAUGGAAUCUUUGGAGAUGGCGCUGAAGAUUGUGUUCCCUGUGGAGAAGGAAUCACUUCUACUCUGUAGCUCGGACCUGCUCCUCCAUGAAGUAGCCAUUCACGAAUUUCAUGUCAUUGAUGCUGAUGGCAUUUAUCAAAACCUGAGGAAUAUCCAAGAUUCCGUAGCCAAACAGAUUGAAAUAUGUAACAACCUGGAACAGUCGGGUGACUUUGCAUUAAAGGAAUUACACCCACUUGAUCUACAUGCAACGCAGAAUAUUAUGCUAAAACACAGAACACAACUUGAAGAAGUGAACCACAAGGUCCAGAGGAGUAAAGAUGCCCUCAAAGCUCUGGAGGAGUUUCUGGCUUCUCUGAGAACAGCUGAACUCUCUUUUGAGCUUGUUACAGACCUUUCAGCCUCAGAUACACAGGUAGUACGAGAAAACACUGUGAUGCUAGAAAAUAAAGAAAGAGAAAUUAGCCUGAUGAAGGACCAGGCCAGACAUCUGGAUAAACGUUUGAAGAUGCUCGGCAUAAGCUUCAAAGAUGAUGGCCAGGGUGACGACACCUGCAACAAACUCCUUGUUGCUUUGUCCAGAAAGUUACUUGGGACACGUGGCUAUGGUGUGCAGGAAGAGUUCAUGGAAGAAAACAAAUUACUAGAGACUUGUAUUUUCAAAAAUAAUGAACUCCUGAAAAACAUUCAAGAUGUGUACAAUCAAAUCAGUAAAAUCAGUCUUAAGGAUCCCACUGUUCCAGCUGUGAAACUACGGAAAAAAUCACUAAUGAGACUGGAUAAGGAUCUAGAUGAAUAUGAAGAAGAGAAGAAAUGCUUGCAAGAGAUGGUUAAUUCUCUUCCACAGUUCAAAGAUGGCAGAGAAAAAUCACUGAAUCAACAGUUCCAAAAUACAGUACUUUUGUGGGAGAGUACAAAAGCUUCAGUCACUGAAUGCCUUGACCAAUGUGAAAGAGUUUUGGAGCUCUUAAGACAAUAUCAGAAUUUUAAAAGUGUCUUGACUGCUUUGAUUCAAAAAGAAGAGAAUGUCAUCUCCCUUCAGGCUUCCUACAUGGGAAAAGAGAACCUGAAGAAAAGGAUAGCAGAGAUUGAAAUUGUCAAAGAAGAAUUUAGUGAACAUUUAGAAGUUGUAGACAAGAUUAACCAGAUCUGCAGAAAUCUACAAUUUCAUCUAAAUAAAAUGAGAAUUUUUGAAGAGCCUCCUUUUGAAAAAGAAGCUAAUAUUAUUGUGGAUAGAUGGCUUGAUAUAAAUGAGAAGACAGAAGACUACUAUGAAAAUCUUGGUCGAGCUCUAGCUUUAUGGGACAAACUUUUUAACUUAAAAAAUGUCAUUGAUGAGUGGACUGAAAAGGUCCUUCGAAAAAUGGAAUUACAUCAACUGGCUGAAGAAGAAAGAGAAAAACUGAAGGAAGAGUUACAAGCCCAUGAACAAAAAUCUUCAGAGUUUUCUAAAAGAGUGGCUAAAAUCCAGUGUCUCCUUCAAAGCAGUGAAAUACCCCUUGAACUGCAGGUCAUGGAGUCCUCCAUUUUAAACAAGAUGGAAAAUGUAAAAACGCAUUUAGUGGGAGAACCCAACCUCUCUGCUCUCAGUGGCUGCACGGCUGAGCUAAGGGAAGAUCUUGACCAAGCCAAGACCCAGAUUGGAAUGACCGAGUCUCUCUUAAAAGCCCUGUCUCCUUCCGACAGCUUAGAGAUCUUUACUAAACUAGAGGAGAUACAGCAGCAAAUCCUACAGCAAAAGCACAGUAUGAUGUUACUUGAGAAUCAAAUAGGUUGUCUGACUCCUGAGCUCUCUGAAUUAAAAAAGCAAUAUGAAAGUGUCAGUGAUUUAUUUAAUACCAAAAAAAGUGUUUUGCAAGAUCACUUUUCUAAGUUAUUGAAUGAUCAGUGCAAGAACUUUAAUGACUGGUUUGGCAACAUUAAAAUGAACCUUAAAGAGUGUUUUGAAUCAUCAGAAACAAAAAAGAGUGUGGAACAAAAGCUACAAAAACUUUCUGAUUUCUUGACUCUUGAAGGAAGAGGCAGUAAAAUACAGCAGAUGAGAACUGUAUUGAAUCAUGUGAAGAAGCAUCUGCCCAAAGCACAUGUUAAGGAGCUUAAUAGUUGGAUUAUAAAUCAAGAAAUUGAAUUAGAAAAAAUGGAGUCCAUUUGCCAGGCACGAGCAAAGGAGCUUGGUGACCACUUGAAGCAGCUACUGAGACUCCAGGAUGACCACAGAAAUCUGAGCGAGUGGUUGACUAGUCAAGAAGAGAAAUGGAAAGAAAUGGAAAAGUCAGGAGAGAAAAUUGAGCUAUUUUGCGAAGCUGUAGCUAGAAAGAGGGAACAGUUUGAAUCUCUGGCCCAGUUGAACAGGUCUUUGAAGGAAUAUGGGCUUACUGAAGAAGAAGAAAUAAUAAUGGAAUCGACACAUUUGAUUGAUAGAUUCCAAACAUUUUUGAGACAAUUAUGUGAAAUUGAUGAAGAGGAUAAGUUACCUCCUACGGAAGACCAGCACUUUAAUGAUCUUGCGCAUGAUAUAAUUCACUGGAUAGCAGGGAUUAAAGAGUCCCUUAUGGUUUUGAAUUCAUCUGAAGGCAAAAUGCCACUUGAGGAAAGAAUCCAAAAAAUAAAGGAAAUCAUUUUACUAAAGCCUGAAGGGGACGCUAAAAUACAGACCAUCAUGAGUCAGGCUGAGGGCAGCAAGGCUCCGUUGGCUCCAAAGACCCUUACUGAUAUCAAGAACCAGUGGGACAACACAGUCCAUUUAGCCAACACAUAUCUAAGCCAUCAAGAAAAGCUUCUACUAGAAGGAGAGAAGUAUUUGCAAAGUAAGGAGGAUCUGAGAUUAAUGCUCACAGAACUAAAAAAGAAACAGGAAGUGGGCUUUGCUCUGCAACAUGGUUUGCAGGAGAAGAAAGCUCAGUUAAAAAUUUAUAAGAAAUUCCUCCAGAAAGCACAAGAUUUGACAUCCUUGCUAAAAGAGUUAAAAUCUCAAGGAAGUUACCUCUUAGAGUGCACUAAAAAUCCCAACUUCAGUGAAAAGCCUUGGCUGGAAAUAAAGCAUCUACACGAAAGUCUUCUCCAACAGCUACAGGAUUCCGUGCAAAAAUUGGAAGGUCAUGUUCAAGAACACCAGUCAUACCAGCUUUGUGUCAUAGACCUGAAUGCCGCAUUGGACGAUAUCUCCAAGGAAUUUGCCAGUUUUUCUGAUAAGCCUGUGGAUCAAAUAGCAGUUGAGAAAAAACUGCAGAAACUGCAGGAACUAGAGAAUAGACUCCAUUUACAAGAUGGCACAUUAGAGAAGAUUUUAGCUUUAGCAAAAUCCAUCAAGCAAAAUACAUCUUCAGUGGGACAGAAGAUUAUUAAAGAUGAUAUAAAAUCACUUAAGUGUAAACAAAAGGAUUUGGAAAACAGACUUGAAUCUGCUAAGCAGGAGACAGAAAAUUAUCUCAAUAGCAUUCUCAAAUCAAAACGCUCAACAGAACAGAAAGAAAAGUUUACUCUGCCAGGCAGAGAGAAGGAGGUCACUUCUGAUGUGCAGGAGUCCACUCAGGACUCAGCUGCACUGGAAAAGUUUGGGGAAGACCGGGAAAUAAACAAGAAUUCAGCUGUGGAAGUGGUUUUGUCAAAACAACUUUCUCUGGAUGUUCAAGAAAGCAUGAAAAACACUGAAGAUGAGCAUAAAGUCAAUGAGCUGCAAAAUCAACCUUUAGAAUUAGAUGUUAUGUUAAGAAAUGAACAAUUAAAAGAGAUAGAGGAAUUAUAUGCCCAGUUGGAAGCAAAGAAAACAGCCAUUGAACCACCAGAACAGACGGAGUAUCUCAAUAAAGCAGAAACAAGUGCCUUGGUUCUUCACAAUACAGGACAUUCUGUGCACCACUUGGACAAUCUGCUUCAGGCACUUAUUACUUUGAAGAAAAAUAAAGAAAGCCAAUAUUAUCUCCUUAACGAUUUUCAGGAACACCUUGCUUCAGUUGAAUCCUCAGUGAAAGCCUUGUUGACAGAGAAGGAAAGUCUAAAAGUGGGACCACUGGAUAGUGCAACUUAUCUGGACAAAAUUAAAACAUUCCUGGCAUCAGUCGAAAAAGAGAAAGGUUCUUUAAGCAAGAUGAAAAUCAAAUGGGAAAAUUUAUCAAACUGUCUGACUGACAUGGAUAAGAAGUUGCUCGAAAGCCAGAUCAAGCAACUUGCACAUAGUUGGGAACAAGUGAAACGACUGGCUCAAAAGAAGUAUUCUCAGCAAGCAGCAGAACAUGAGGCAUUUACACUUCUCAUGAGCAAGAUCCAAGACCUGGACAUUGUUCUGCAGCAGCAGCAGCAGCAGUGUCUACAGUUAGGGCUGAACUCUCCAGAAGAACAGGAGGGAAGUGCAAGCACAGUGGCCUUGGCCACUGAGCUCCGGACCAUCAAGCAUCGAUUUUCCAUUUUAAAGGGGCAAGCUGAAUUUCAGAUGAAGAGGAUCUGGGGAGAAAAGGAAAAGAAGACUUUGGAAGAUGCAAUGGUGAACUUGCAGAAGCAAUUAGAAGCCUUGGAGCCAUUAAACGUCCAGGUGGAAAAUCAAAUCCAGAAGGGCGAAAUAAGGAACAAGAUGAGAGAGAUUAUCCUGUGGGUCAAGAAUCUGCUAGGUGAACUCACUCCCGCCAUUUCCCUUCUCCCAGAUGACAUUCUUUCACAGAUCAGAAAAUGCAAGGUGACCCACGAUGGCAUCCUGGGUAAGCAGCAGGCCGUGGAGUCAUUGGUUGAAGAGGUCAAAAAUGAUAUUCCUAACCUUUCAGCAGAGGAGAGCCAUGAUUUAAAUCACCUCCUACAGGACUUCCAGAAUCAAUACCAAAUGCUAAUUUUAAAAUCGACUGAAAGAUCACAGCGAUUAGAAUUUAAAUUGGAAGAAAGAAACAGAUUUAUUGCAGUCAUAGAGAAGGUGCAACUUUCACUUCAAGAAAACGAAGCACUGAUAAUUCCCAAGAUGAGAACAGCCUCCACAGAAACUGAACUGGAACAGGAGCAGGUCACAUUGACAAGUUCUCAGAAGGAAUUGCAAGAAGCACAGAAUGUAAUCGCAGCCCACUUUCAGGAACAAACAAACCUCUGUAAGGAUCUGAGUGUGUUUGAAAGGUUAUUUCUGGAUGACCAACUGAAAAAUCUUAAGACUAGAGCCAACAGAAUGCAAAGAUUCAUUCAAAAUAAAUGUAAUGAAGUAGAACACAAGAUACAUUUUUACAGAGAAUUCCGUGAAAAAGCAUCUGUGCUUCAGAAGGAGGUUGACCAUUUACAGCACAGCAAACUGCUACUAAAUCAAGAAAUGAAUGAAGAUGUUAAAGAGGAACUCUACAGUCUUAAAGACCGAAUCACUGGUAUUCAGUCUAGUAUCCUACAGGUACUGAAACUCAAAGAAGUGUUUGACUCUAUAGGACUAAACUGGGAUUGUUCCCAGCUCGACCAAUUACAAGCAGUAGUAUUUGAAAAAGAAAAGGAACUUGAGGAAAAAAUUAAGCAGUUGGACACAUUUGUGGCAGAACAUAGCAAAUACCAAGUGUCACUAAGUAAACUGAGAGCUAUGGAUUUGCAAAUUAAGAAAAGGGCUGAAGCAGUAUUAGGAAUGCCCCAUACGUCACCAGAAAGCAUUUUGCUCAGUGCUCAAAUUUUGAAGCGGAGAAUUGAGAAAGCUAUGUGCUUGUGUCAAGAAAUAAUAGAGAAAUUAAAUGAAAGUAAGGCCUUCGAUGACUCAUUCAAAGAGAAAGAAAUACUCCAAAUAAAGCUGUAUGCGGAAGAAAAUGACAAGUUACACAAGAUCCUCCAAAAUGGAGUAUUAAAAUCCCAACCGAAAGAAAUGGAUGAAAAGAAUUUUCAGGACAAACUGGAAAAUUCCUUACAUGUUUUGAAUCAGGUAAAGUCUCAGGUAGAGCAGCCUUUACUUAUAAAUUUGGACAUUGAACAUAUUCAAAAUGAAAAGGAGAAUUGCGAAGCAUUCCAAGAGCAAGUUCAGGUGGAAAUGGAUAGCAUGAAAGCAGUGACCCUUAUUGAGAAGCAAAGAGAGGAGAAUUCCCCUGAUGCUUGUGUUGUGGAGACAAAAUUGCGGGACAUUGAAGAUCUUCACGUGCAGCUUAAUACAAGCAUUGAUUUGCGCACGGAUGUUUUGAAUGAUGCUUAUGAAAGUAUGACACGCUAUAAUGAGGCAGUCAUAAGGGCAAUGGGGAUCUUUACUACCCGUGAAGCCAUUGUUGCGUCCCAUAAAGUAGACCUUGAUAACCCAGAAGAACCACUGGAGAUGCCUGGCUGGAAACAAGAGGAAUUGCAGUCCACGAUAGAAGACAUCCAGGACCUCACUGAGAAACUGGGGACUAUAUGCAGCCCUGAAGCCAAACAACAACUCCAGUGUACUAUACAGGAAUUAGUUUCUAAGGAUUCAGCCAUGAGGGAGGCAGCCAAAGUAAAAGAAAGUGAACUAGAAAGGUGUCUUGAGAAUUACAAAUGCUACAGAAAAAUUAAAGAGAAAAUUUGCACUAACCUAAGCCAAAUGGAGGCAGUUCUUGGGCAGUCCGUGUUUCCCUUGCCAGCAUCUUACAAAGAAGCUUUAGAGCGCCUGGAACAGAGCAAGGUUUUGGGGUCAAAUCUCCUAUCAACCAAAGAAGAGUUCAUGAAACUACGUCAGGUCCUCAGACACCUGAGACCCGCGUGCACAGGCACUGAUGACAUGUGUUUGCUCAGAACCACGGCAGCUCUGUGGGACAAAUGGUUGAGUUUGCUGGAGGCUGCUAAAGAGUGGGAGAUAUGGUGUGAAGAACUGAAGUGGGAGUGGAAAUUUGUCAGUGAAGAAAUUGAACGGGAAGCAAUUAUUUUAGAUAAUCUUCAAGAGGAUCUCCCUGAAAUUUCAAAAACAAAAGAGGCGGCUGCUACAGAAGAGCUUUGUGAGCUGCAAGACUCUUUAUGCCGUUACCAAGAAAAUGUGGAGAAGCAGCAGCUGUUACUGACCUUACUUCUUCAGCGCAUGAGAAGUAUCCAGAAUGCUCCCCAAAGCUUAGAGGCUAUAAAGACGAUUCCAGCAUUUCAAGAGAUUAUAUCGAUGCAGGAACGAUGCAACAAGCUUUUUCAGAAAGCUCAAGAAAAUAAGGAAUUGUUGGAGAAUGAAAUCCAAGAAAGACAUUCUUUCACAAAAGAAAUAAUUACUUUGAAGAAUUUAUUUCAACAGACUGCAACUUCUUUUCAAAAUAUGGAAUUACAAGACCACCCAGAAAAGGCAGAACAGUUUGAGGAGCUUCAAAGCAUUUUUAAGAAAGGGAAGCUAACUUUUGAGAAUAUUAUGGAAAAACUACGAAUCAAGUAUUCUGAAAUGUACACCCUAGUCCCUGCAGAGAUUGACUCCCAGGUGGAAGAAUGCAGAAAAGCUUUAGAAGACAUAGAUGAGAAGAUUAGUAAUGAAGUUUUGAAAAGUUCACCCUCAUAUACAAUGAGUAGGAAAAUAGAGGAAAUUAACAAUGGGCUUCACAAUGUUGAAAAGAUGCUGCAGCAGAAAAGCAAAAAUAUUGAGAAAGCUCAAGAAAUUCAAAAGAAAAUGUGGGACGAGCUAGACCUCUGGCAUUCCAAGCUAAAUGAGCUGGAUUCUGAAGUGCAGGACAUUGUUGAACAGGAUCCAGGUCAGGCUCAAGAAUGGAUGGAUAACUUGAUGAUUCCUUUCCAGCAGUAUCAGCAAGUCUCACAGAGAGCGGAAUCUAGAACCUCACAGUUAAAUAAGGCCACAAUUAAGAUGGAGGAAUAUCACGACCUUUUGAGGAGUACUGAGGCUUGGAUAGAAAAUACUGGCCGUUUGCUGGCCAAUCCUGCUGACUAUGAUUCUUCAAAGGCGCUGAGUCAGCACGCCAGCACCCUUCAGAUGGCUUUGGAAGAUUCAGAACAGAAACACAGUCUUUUGCAUUCAAUUUUCUCGGAUCUAGAAGACUUGUCAAUAAUUUUUGAAACCGAUGAUUUAGCACAGUCCGUACAAGAGUUAAGUCGUCAAGUAGCAGCUUUACAACAAAAAAUCAUGGAAAGCCUUCCACAGAUUCAGCGGGUGGCUGAUGAUGUGGUUGCUAUUGAAACUGAAGUAAAAUCAAUAGAGAAAAAAGUUUCAAAAAUCAGAGCUAUCCUCUUAUCAAAAGAAAUAUUUGAUUUUUCACCGGAAGAACAUCUUAAGCAUGGGGAGGUCAUACUUGAAAACAUCCGUCCCAUGAAGAAAGCCAUUGCUGAACUCGUGUCUUACCAAGUGGAACUGCGGUGGCCCCAGACAGGAAUGAAACCUCUACCUGUGUUUCAGCGGACAAAUCAGCUUUUACAAGACAUAAAACUGUUGGAAAAUGUGACUCAGGAACAAAAUGAAUUAUUAAAGAUCGUCAUAAAACAGACCGAUGAAUGCAAUGAAGACAUAGAAAAUCUGAAGCAGAUCUUAAAUGAUUACUCAGCUGAGUUCUCCCAUGAACGUCUGUCACCAGACCAAGCUACCAACCUGGCACAAGUACAGGGAGACAUCGAAGAUAUGGAAAAGCAGAUUCUGAGUUUGAACCAGAAGAAAGAGAACCUGCUGGUGGACCUGAAGGCUGCCAUCCUAACCCUUCACCAGCAUUUACAGCAAGACCAGCAAGCAUUAGAACAAGAAAUGCCAUCAACCGGAGCGUCAGAAGAGGAGAGAGUAGCUGAGAGGGAUUCUGAGUGGAAGAUGAACAAAACCAGUGCCAUGUCUUUCCUGCCGGCGCUCACGGAAGAGGCGGAAGAGAGCUCCCUGAAGAGUGAAAAUGGAGAUAAGAAAGCAGAGCCAUCUUCUGGGUCUUGGUCUUUACUCUGGAAGCAUGAUAGGGACAUGGAGGAAGAUAGAGCAUCCUCGUCUUCUGGAACCAUCAUCCAGGAGGCAGCUGAGAAAAUAAGCACAUGUGAUAAUCCUAUGGCACAUAUUCUUGCACCAGACUCACUGAGUCCCAACCAAACAGAGGAGGGUGCCACACGUCCGCUCAAGGCUGCCGCUCUGGGCUUUUCUGAUGAGCAAGGAGCAUUUGAGGCCACGGUGGAGCAAUCUAGGCCCAAGCCUGCGGAAGUCCUCCAUGCCUGCAAGACCCAGGUGGCCGAGCUGGAGCUGUGGCUGCGCCAAGCCAACGUGGCGUUUGAGCCGGAAACAUUAAAUGCAGACAUGCAGCAGUUGGUGGAACAGCAGCUGGUGGGGUGCCAGGCCAUGCUAACAGAGAUCGAGCACAAGGUUGCCUCUCUGCUGGAGAGCUGCACAGAUCGAGGGCCGGGAGACAGUGGGGCCACUCAGCAGGAGGCUGAAGCUCUUUCCGUGAAAUUAAAGACCGUCAAGUGCAAUUUGGAAAAAGUCCAGAUCAUGCUUCAGGAGAAAUACAGUGAAGACCAGCAUUCUGCCACUCUAAAGAAACCUGCAGAGCAUCAAAAUGAUCUCCAACCAGAUAACCUUUCUACAUUUGAAUCUAUUGUAACUGAAAGGCCACAGUUCAGCAGACAAAAAGAUUUCCAGCAGCAACAGGUUCUGGAGUUAAAACCAAUGGAACAGAAAGAUUUCAUCAAAUUCAUCGAAUUUAAUGCCAAGAAAAUGGGGCCCCAGCAUUGCCAACCUGAUAAAGAUACAACUCAGAAAUCAUCUGAAAGCAUUAGGGCAUCAAGUCCCGAAAAUGAUGCUCUAGACUCUGUCUUGCCAACUCACGGCCAAAGUGGGGAUAAGUGGCAAUAUUUACAUCACGAACUCUCAUCAAAACUCGGGCUUCCGCUACCUGAGCAGGUGCAGCCGCAGGUUGCCACAGAUAUGAGUGUUCUGCCCAGUGUGAGUGUGUAUAACUUUAAAUGCCCAACAACUGAAGAACUGAAAACAUACACCACACAGCUGGAAGACCUGCGUCAAGAAGCCAAUAAUCUGCAGACCCAGAAUGAAAUAAAGCGACUGUAUGAUCAACUUAUCAAGAACAAAACAUCUUUACAACAGUCUCUGAAUGAAAUUAGUGGCCAGAGUAUUGAUGAACAGCUUCAGAAAGCAGAUGCAUAUAUAAUGGAGCUGCAGAACUCUGAGAGCCGAGUGGCAAAACUAAGAGACGAAGGGGAGAGGCUUCAUUUACCUUAUGUUUUAUUGCAAGAGGUUUACAAAUUAGAGGAUGUACUUGACGGUAUGUGGGGAAUCCUGAGAGCCAGGUACACCAAACUCAGCAGCCCUUUCAUCACAGAGAGCCAGCAAGAUGCCUUGUUGAGAGGCAUCGCGGAACUAGUGGAUAUCGGGAAGGAAAAGCUUGCUCAUGACCACUUACAACAAACCAAGAGUAAAGUUGCCUUACAGGCCCAAAUACAAAAUCACAAGCUUUUUUUCCAGAAGCUUGUCGCUGACAUGCUGUUGAUCCAAACAUACUCCAACAAAAUGCUUCCUUCUUUAUUGCAAAAGAAAGAGACAUUUUGGGCAGAACAAAUAAAAGAAGUUAAAUUACUGGAGGAAAAGUCACACCAAUGUGGAAUAAAACUACAGAGUUUGCUACAGAAAUGGGAAGAAUUUGAUGAAAACUAUACAUCCCUUGAAAAGGAUCUGGAAAUUCUGGUAUCUACAUUGCCCUCUGUGAGUUUGGUGGAAGAGACAGAGGAAAGAUUAAUGGAAAGGAUUUCAUUUUACCAGCAAAUAAAAAGGAACAUUGAUGAAAAGCAUGCCCGGCUUUACCAAACUCUGAAUGAAGGCAAGCAGCUGGUGGCAUCCGUGAGCUGUCCUGAACUAGAGGGCCAGAUUGCAAAGCUAGAAGAGCAGUGGUUGGCCCUAAACAAGAAGAUCGACCAUGAACUACACAGACUGCAAACACUUCUCAAGCAUCUGCUCAGUUAUACCAGAGAUUCGGAUCAGUUAACCAAGUGGUUGGAAUCUUCUCAGCAAACUCUGAAUUACUGGAAAGAACAGUCCCUCAAUGUGUCUCAGGACUUGGAUACAGUCAGAAGCAACAUAAACAACUUUUUUGAGUUUUCAAAGGAGCUUGACGACAAGUCGUCCCUGAAGGCCGCGGUUGUAAGCACGGGGAACCAGCUUCUCCACCUGAAAGAAGCCGAUGCGGCCACGCUGAGAGCUGCUUUAGCACAGUUUGAACAGAAAUGGACCAUGCUCAUAACUCAACUUCCAGAUGUUCAAGAAAAACUUCACCAGCUUCAGAUGGAGAAAUUGCCAUCUCGUAAAGCAAUCACGGAAAUGAUUAGCUGGAUGAACAAUGUGGAACACCAAACUGCAGAUGAAGACUCUGAGCGUUCACUGAGUUCUGCAUCUCAAGUGAAAAAUCUUCUUCAGAAGUACAAGGAGUUCAGAAUGGAAAUGGACUACAAACAAUGGAUCGUUGACUUUGUCAACCAGUCAGUACUUCAGUUAAGCACCUGUGAUGUAGAAAGUAAGCGCUAUGAGAGGACAGAGUUUGCAGAGCACCUGGGAGAGAUGAACCGCCAAUGGCAUUGGGUACACGGAACACUAAAUAGAAAGAUACAACAUUUAGAACAACUUUUGGAAAGUAUCACUGAGAAUGAAAACAAAAUACAGAUUUUGAACAACUGGAUGGAGGCGCAAGAGGAGAGACUGAAAACUUUACAAAAACCUGCAAGUGUGAUCUCGGUGCAGAAGAUGCUCCUGGACUGUCAGGAUAUAGAAAAUCAACUUGCAAUUAAAUCCAAAGCCCUGGAUGAGUUGAGACAAAGUUACCUGACUUCGGAGAGUGGGACAAUGCCACUGUUAGAAGACACAGCAUCCAGAAUUGAUGGGUUAUUUCGAAAAAGGAGCAGUGUUACCAACCAGGUCAAUGAGCUCAAGACCUCCAUGCAGUCUGUUUUACAGGAGUGGAAGGUUUAUGAUAAACUGUAUGAGGAAGUGACGAUGAUGACAAUCCGAUUCUGGUACUGCAUGGAGCACAGCAAGCCUGUGGUUUUGUCAUUAGAAGCCUUAAGAUGCCAGGUGCAGAACCUUCAGUCUCUUCAGGACGAAGCCGAGAACAGUGAAGGAAGUUGGGAAAAACUGCAGGAGGUGAUUGGAAAACUCAAAGAUCGCUGCCCUUCGGUUGCUGAGAUAAUUGAAGAGAAAUGCCAAGAUACGCACGCCAGGUGGGCCCAGGUAAACCAAGACCUUGCGGACCAGUUACAGAAGGCACAGAGUCUGCUUCAGCUCUGGAAGGCCUGUAACGGUGCUCACGCUGAAGCUGCAACGAGGCUGGAGCAGCAGGAAGCGAAGUACCAACAGCUUGAAAACAUCAACAUGUCUGGAAACAACCUGGCCGAGAUCCUGACCCCAGCCCUGCAGGAUGUGAAGGAGCUGCAGCAUGAUGUGCAGAAGACAAAAGAAGCCUUUCUCCAGAAUUCCACUCUCCUGGAUCGACUUCCACAACUCCCAGAGUCCAGCACCCACAUGCCCCGCUCUACACAACUGCACUCCCUUCAGAGGGCUUCUUACUUGGAAACGAUGCUCCUUGUGAAGGCUAAUGAAUUUGAGUUUGUUCUGUCACAGUUCAAGGAUUUUGGGGACCGUUUGGAAUCUUUAAAAGGUCUCAUUAUGCAUGAAGAAGAGAAUUUGGAUAAACUCUGUCGUCAAGAAAAAGAGGAAAACCCUGACUUAUUCCUGAACCAUGUGUUGGCACUGACGGCCCAAUCACCUGCUGUUGAGCAUUUGAAUGAAGUAAGCCUCAAGCUCCCACUUAGUGACAUAGCCAUAAAGACGUUACAAAAUACGAACCGGCAGUGGAUUCGGGCCACGGCAACAGCCCUGGAACGCUGCAGUGAGCUUCAGGGAAUUGGCUUGAAUGAAAAGUUUCUUUAUUGCUGUGAAAAAUGGGUCCAGUUUUUGGAGAAGAUAGAAGAGAUGCUCAAGGUGAAUCUUGCCGACAGCCUCCCAGCUCUCCUGGAACAGCAGAAAACAUAUGAGAUGUUAGAAGCUGAAGUUUCUAUAAACCAGACAAUUGCUGAUUCUUAUGUCAGCCAGUGCUUACAACUCUUGGACACAACAGAAAUAGAGGAGAGGGUGAAGAAGCUGAAGGAGACCUUUGCUUUUAUUCAGCAGUUAGACAAAAACAUGAGCAACCUUCGUACCUGGUUGGCUCGAAUCGAGUCAGAGCUUUCUAAGCCUGUCGUCUAUGACGUCUGUGAUGAUCAAGAGAUCCAGAAGAGGCUCGCCGAGCAGCAGGUGAGGACAGAAGGCUUUUGUAAGAGUAUCGGCGUCUGUGAUAUCUGCCAACUCCAACCUUCCCCAUAUUAGCUGUGUCCUUUAGCAUGUUCACAUUUCAUACCAUU